UUCAGUCGCUACCAAUCGGCAGAUAAAUGCACACACACACACACAAACGAAUUUAACGAUCAUUAUAUAUGACGUUUAGUUUAUCAAUACAGUAUAUCAUAUUAUAUUGUGUGCGUUGCGUUAGAUAGGAAUCGUUCGUGGCGAGACCGAGACACGGUCUUCAGUCGCUCAGUCGUUCACUGCUGUGUUCACACACACACACACUCAUACGAUUUCGGGCGGCCGACGCAUUUGCAUCACUAUAAUAUAUAUAGUACUCGGGGUCCGACCCGACGACGACAUCACAUUAUAUUCGUUGCGGUCCGCACACGAAGACGUGUCUUCUGUUCGACGCGGUGCUGCUUAUAUUUCGUCGUGCAGUAUUUCUUAACGUUUUUGUACGUUUCACGCACGUCGAUCGUACUGUUGUAUAGUGCGCUGCUAUAUUUUUAUGAACGACAUGGAAUUACAACCGUUGCAGCCGAAACGCGAAGACAGUUCGUCGAAAUCGGAAAACGAAGGAAGCGUCCGGCCGCCGGGAGCGGAAAAACCCGUGGCAGGCUGUUCAGCCGAACCUGCGAAUAAAUCGGGUUCGCAAAAUAAGAAUAAGUACGGUUCCGUGCCGCCACCGUGCCUGAAAACGGACGCGGAAGUGUCGCAGUGGCUCCUGGAAGCCGAACAAGAAGACAGACGCCGCGCCGGCUGGGACCCCGAACGCAGCGACGAGAGACGUGGGCGGAACAAACGGAGCGGGGGGCACGGUGCGGAAGACGGCCGACCGGAACCGAUCAGUCGGUAUCUCGCGAAUCGCCGCUGGCGCCACCGCGGCUGCAGCUACCGGUUGCCGGUGUCCGAUCCGAUUCCCAUGCCGAUUAUUCCGUACGAUCCGUCCAAUCAGCUGUGGCUGCGCCAGGAAUUCAGGCGCAUAGAGGGCAAGGCCACCGUGAAGAAGGUACCCAAGAAGAAGAAGAGAUCCAUGCAGGUACUGGCCGAGGACGGCUUCGCCGUGGCGAGAGGUUGCCAGUCGGACGACGACGACUACAAUUCCGAAGACGACUUGGAAUACAACGAGAAAGGGGAGGUUGUGUGUCCCGUUUGCAGCCAAAUUCCGCUCGAGAUCGCGGUGGACGUGACGCCGCGUGGCCAAGACACGGCCGCCACCAUCGUGACCACCGCGGAUGAUGCGACCAUCGCCGUCGUCGACUGCCCCCCCGCCGACGCCGUGCGCGACGCCGCGUUCGUUAUUGCGGCAAGAGCAGCCAUCCGGAAGACCAGCGUCGACUUGCUUCAUGAGAUAAAAGAUCAUUUUAAGAAUUAAUUCUUAUUUAUUUUCAGUUUAAAAGGAUAAUCGGGUUUUAAGUUUAUCAUUAAGAUUUCACCGGACCAUGAUGGACUUUAUCACGAUAAUUUGAUUCCACGUGCCAUAUUGUUUAUUAUUUACCAUUUGUUCUCCAUUUUAUUUUUUUUAAAACUGACUGUGUGAUAAUCACUCCUAUAUAUUUACAAUGUUUUUUCUUUUAUUAUUUUUCUUUUGUUAAUAUUAUUUAGUUGUUUUCAUAAAAUAGUUUCUAAAUAUUCAUUUAUACCAGACUUAUCUCAAUUAUAUUGAAGCACUGUCUUUAUUUGUUUAUAUAUUUUAGUAAAAAUAAUAAUAAUUUUUAUUUUAUUGCAUAUGUUUUUGAAAAAUAGAUAUAUCCACAAUAUAAUUUACAUUUAAUUAUA